UUUUCAAUAUCUCUCUGCUUCUUGAAUUGAGAGUCUCUCUCUCUGGACAUAAAGCUACGACCUCUCUUUUCUCCACAUUUUGGGUUUUCUUGUCUUCGUGUUCUUGUUUCUAUCAACAAAAUUAAUCACACCAGCAGCAUAUUCAAAAACAAUUUCCUCUUUGUCCUUCUUUAUUAUUUCUCUGCUUGCAUUACUUGUUAAGACUAUAUCGCAAUCAUUCUUCGUAUUCAAUUCCACAGGUGAAACCCCAGAAAGUACUCUACAUUAUCCUCAAGAUCAUUAACCUUUGGAGAGUCAGCAACUUUGCAUAAAUCAGAAUGCCAAAACCAAGUAUUAGAGGUUCAGAGUUGCCUCAGAGGCAAUCUCCUAGGCUAAGGACAUCACUGUUGUCCACUUCCUCUGAUCCGCAUCACCUCAGCCGUCCGAUUACAGACCGGAGUCCAAAGCUCGGCCUUGACCGUAGAUCUCCAAGGAGUGGUGGGCCUCAUACAGAUCCGCUGAGUCAGAAGAAGCUUGGAAGUCGCAUCUCUGGCUUGGAGUCACAGCUAGGACAAGCCCAAGAAGAGUUGAGAUUGCUCAAACAGCAGUUGGCUAAAGCCGAGGCUGCCAAGAAACGUGCUCAAGAAGAGCUUCAUAGGAAGAAAUCCAAGAAACCGAACACUCCUGCUCCGGAGAGAGAUGACAUUCCUGGAGAUGGACAUCAAGAGACAGAUGUGUUCGAGGUUCUUGAUGAGAAAGCAAAAGAAAGUGAGAAGACGAAGAAUGAUGAAUUGGCUUCUAAGGAAGACCAAAUCAAUGUAUUGAAAGCUAGAUUAUAUGACUUGGAGAAAGAAAGGGUAUCACUUAGCGAGGAGAAUGAGACCUUGAAGGAUCAGUUGAAGAAGACGGAUACGGAAAUGUCCUGCGCAAAGGCGAAAGAGGAUGAGAUAGCUUCAAAGGUGAGUCAGAUUGGGGAAGAAUUGGAAGAAAGCAAUGAGACCACAGCGAAGCUAAAGAAGAAGCUCGAAUCCGUGGAAGAAGCAAAAGAGACUCUAGAAGCUGAGAUGAAGAAGCUGAAGGUCCAAACAGAGCAGUGGAGGAAAGCAGCAGAUGCUGCAGCUGCGGUUUUAUCUGGAGGGGUUGAGAUGAAUGGUCGGUUCUCAGAGCAGUGUGGGUCAAUGGAGAAGCAUUUUGCAGGCAGGUUUGUCGGAUCACCGGGAAUGGCUGAUGAUUCGGAUGACGGGUCUGGGAAGAGGAAAAGUUCUGGGAAGAAGAUGUUCGGUGACUUAUGGAAGAAGAAAGGGCAGAAAUGAAGUGAUAUAAUAAAUAAAAAGUAGCGUGUAUUUCAAGAAAGCAGUGUGCUCUUUAACUUCGGAUGAUCUAAGUGUGUGUGUCGACGAAAUGAUGGCUCAUCAUUUCCAUAGAUUCUUAGUAAUGAAACAUUUAGACAAUGAUUGUGUGCUGCUUCACAGAAGCUAAUUUAUCAAAUUCCUAUUCAACUGCAAAAUCUGCUCACUUGUCUGUAAUUUAUUUCAUUGAUCAGUUACAUCUUCUUUAUGAGGAUUGAAUUAGGUGUCAUUGUUAACGUAAUUGCCAUUGGAACCGGUUUAGGAUUCUGAACAAGUUGGGACUUGGGACUUACCAUACUCUUCCGG